GCAUUCUAUUAAUGUGUUUCCUAAUAUAUUUACAAAAUUAAUUUGUCCCCUAAAUAUUUAAUAUUAUGUAAAUUCAAAUAGUUUUAUUGGUGAAAUGGCCAAGAGGAAGAGAAAUUUGGUUUUAGAAUCACGAAAAUCAGAUUCGAAACCAGAUAAUUCACUUUAUACCUCAAUUUACGGAGAUUCUAAAGAAACAAAUUAUUUGUCAUCUAAAAAUAAGAAUAAAUCUGAUAAAAAUAAAACAAUCAGUGGAAAUUUGAGGGAUAAAGACUAUGUAUCAUAUCUGGCUGAGAAUUCUGGUGAGAGUUUAUCGUUAUGGAAGCAAAGAAUUGAAAAUAAAGUUUUACACCUUAAAAAACAAAGUGAAAAGACAAGUUUAGUCCUGGGAGUAAGUGCUGUAGACCAUUAUGUCCGUUUGCCCUUUUCAAAGUUCAGCUGCAUCAGUAAUACAAAGGGUAAGAAAUUAGGGUUUUUCACAAUCAAGAGUGUGCCAUAUAAAUAUGCUUUGGAAUUUAACACCCUGUGGUUAGAAUACGCGAAGAAGUUGCUUGGCAGUCCUAAAACUCAUUUAAAUGCCUCAAAACUAGUUGCGAUGCUUGACCUACACGGAUCACUUCUUGAGGUCGUCAAAUCCAACUGUACGAGUUACGUUGGCGUCACGGGAAUUGUUCUCAAGGAAACACAAAAUGGAUUUAGUAUAGUGGAUAAAGAGGACAAAGUUAGGUUUAUUUUGAAGAACUCGAGUGUUUUUAAGUUAAAUUAUGAAGAGUGGUCCUUUUUUAUACACGGAAAACAUAUCAUGGCUUCGGCUUCACAACGCACUAAAAACAAACUAAAGGAUAAAUCUACUCUCUAACCUUUACAAAUUUUACUACACCUGCACUAUAGUAUGUUUUUAGUUGAGUAUUAAUUAAUUUAAUAAAUUAAAUGCUUGAAUAAAAUAUUAACUACUCUUUAUGUAAACUCCAGA